CAAAUACCAUACUAGAGAAGUCAUAUAUUAGCAGAUCGGCACCAGUUAGGCUAUCAGAACAUAGAAGUGUAACUAGAUCUAAAAUUGUGGACACCGUUGGCUUAAAUGAUCUCGAAACAGCUCAACCACCGCAAAGCAAGUACCUGCAUAUAUUCGCGUAAUGAGUUUAAAGAAAUUAAGUGGAGGAUCAGGUUAGCCAUUGAAUCAUCACCUACAAUUGAAAUGGCGCAGCGCAAAUAUAGAAGAUUCCAAUAAAAUCAGGGUUAGUGAAAUAAAAAGUGUGAAUAUAUUCAUGUGAUUUGUAAGCAAUCAAUUGUGCUCAAAACGUCAUUAUUUCAUUCAUAUUGUAUUACAACAAACAAACUUAUCUAAUUUGGAAAUACACACCGAACGAACUUGGACGGAAGUACGUUGGUAGAAUAGAAAUGUCUUCGCUGCGUCAUGAACAAACAAGAGCAUCCAAGUGAUUUACGAAGUUUAGCCAAAUUGGCUGUACACUUCUGUGAACCAUUUCUUAUGAUUGUAAUGUAUAUAGAUAGAAUGUUAACCAGUGCUGAGUAUCAUCCUGAUCAUGAUAACAGUUCAGAACUGAGUUCAACAAUUAUUAAUCCCAUUUCUGCAAAUAUUUUUGAGUUGUACUUUUUGGUAUGAAAGUGAAGGUUUCUCAUGAAUCAUAAUGACGAAGCAAGCUAUUCAUUAGGUUUGAAGAUUUAGGCUAUUUUUAUUCUAAAAAAAAUAGAUUAGGAUUCGUGUUCUACUAAUCUGUAUCGCUGUUACAAGUUAGGCACUUGAUAUCUCGUUUAAUCUUUCACGUUCAGGACAGAUUAGAGAAGUGUGGAGAAGGUCAGUUCAAGUUACUACUACCGUGUAUUUAAAAAGUUUCAGAAAACACCCCUGGUGUAGCAGCAAAUAAUUCCCUAAAAUUAUUAGACAGCAGGAUUCAUCACUGAAUGCUAACCCUCACCGUUUAAGUCGACUCGUUAGGCUGAAAGUUCACGGCCAGUCAUCCACACUAUUUGACACGAUGUCAUCUUACGUAUUUUCGUCCGUACACGAUCCCUAGCUAGUUCAGCAAUCAUCAUCUCGUCACGAUUUUGAUAUGGACAUAUAUUUAGUGUUUUGGACUACCACUUUGGUGUUUUGAUUCGCCUUUUGUCUACACAGAACAAAUAUUAUAGGCAUUAAGGGAUGAGAACUUGCACCUCGCAUAAACGUCAUCUCACACCUAAACUGGUGAGCCCACAUUUGACCUUUAUCUACUUUGGUGAACACUGAAAAGAUUCUGGUGAGUUGGUUCUACUUUACAUUUGUUCUUUUGUCACAUCUAGUAUAUUUUAAGCUCUUUUUACUAUAAGUGACCAUACACCUGAGUUCAUUCUGACAGACCACUCUUGCCAUUUUCGCCAGACAAUGCGAAAAUAUAGUUUCUAUCUGCUGAGGCCAACUUCCAAAGAUACUGAGUCACCGACCGACGUUCGCUGGUCCGAGAGAUCCAUGCGCUCUGUCGGAGAAACUGAUCAAGUACGUCACCGCACAAAUUUCCACUCCAGAGAUAAGAAACCGUAACGGGAUUUUGAAAUCAGUCAUAAUAAUAAUUUAUAUUUUCUAUAAACGGGUAAGUUUACAUGAAAUGCAUGCCAUUUUUACAGACACGAUCAGUUAUGUCACAAAUUACAAUUGUGAAUUAGCAUAAAUUAGCACUCUUUCAAAAGUUUAAAUUGUUGAAUUAUAGUACAAGCAAUCAGAGCAGGUUCGUAUAAAUGCUAAAUUGCCAACCUCUCACUAAGGUCACCUUCAAGCGAUUUGCUCGCUUGUGAUUGGCCCGUUUGUCAUUCGAGUUGAGUUAAUUUCAAACAUCAUUUUGCUGCUUGGUUAAGUUCUGAAUUCCCAGGAGGGUUUUAUCAAGUUGGAUAGAUAAGUGACAACACAAACUAUUACAGCUCAGGAGAGAAAUGAUAUACCAGUGGAUUUAUUUGCUGAAUUCAACGAAUUCAUGCCAUAUCAAUAUGUAAGGACUUCUCAGGAGUGUCAAGAAUGCAAACAAUGUUCUGAAGGUGUAAUAACUUCAAGCUUCAAUUAUCACUUGACCAUUAUUUUCAGAUAUCCUUAAAUAAGUAUAAUAUACACAUUGGUCUGGUUGAUCAUGAUAAAAACGGCAUGGUUGAUGCAGCAUAUACGUAUAUAUGUAGUUAAACCUGGAUAAACUGUGUUCUUGUCACGAAAAUCGGAAAGCAGGUAUCAGAUGUCUCAGUAAGCAGUGUAAUACAUCUAAGCUACAGGUUUUUAUUUGAAAUAAACUGGAUCUCCACUCACUUUCAGAAUUAAUCUUG